AUGAACUACCACUGGCAGUAUGGUCGACGCUAUCAUGCUUUUAAGGAGGGCAGCUACAAAUUCCCCAACGACGAGCGCGAGCAAGAUCGUCUCGACAUGCUGCAUAACAUGUUCAGGCUGGUUCUGGAUGGCAAGCUUUUCCUGUCCCCCUUAAAAGACGGGCCGUUGCGUGUCCUAGAUAUCGGCACCGGGACGGGGAUCUGGGCUAUUGAGUUUGGUCACGGGCAACGACCUGAGUCCUAUACAACCGCCGUGUCUGGACCGUCUGCUGAGCUAUCUAGGGUCCCACCCAACGUUGUAUUUGAGGUGGACGACGUCGAAUCCGAGUGGCCACCCCGGCCCCCCUUCGACUUCAUUCAUUCGCGGUACAUGUGCGGGUCAAUUGAGGACUGGCCCAGGCUCGCACAGCAAGCUUACAGUCAGCUCAAGCCCGGCGGCUGGAUCGAGUUCCAGGAUUUCUAUCUGGUGAAUUACUCUGAGGAUGGCUCCUUGAAGGAGGGAAACAACGUCAACCGAUUCUAUGAGCUCUUACGGGAGGCCCUGGAUAAGAUCAACCGCCCUGUCACAAUCGGAAGGGAAUUGGAGCGGAUCGUGAAGGAGGCUGGGUUUGUAAAUGUGCACCAUGAGGUCUUCCAAUUGCCGCUGGGCACGUGGCCGAGGGAGAGGAAGAUGAAAGAAAUAGGGGCGUUGAAUAUGCUUCAGAUGCUGGACGGUUUGGAAGCAUUCAGUGCGGCCACGUUCACGAACAUCCUGGGAUGGACGAUCGAGGAGGUCCAGGUAUUUCUUGCGCUGGUGAGAAAAGAUGCGAAAGAUCGAGGAGUGCAUAUGAUGCAUGACUUGUGA